UCCACCUCCGGAUUGCGGCCUGUGACCGGGAGGGGAAGCCGCGGCCUAUAUUUCUCAGAGAAGCGGGAUGUUUAUUUUGGUUUAUGUGUAACCCGGCGGUGGGUGAGGGGGUCUGCUACCCGAGAAUGACGGGCUCGGAUUGAUUUGCUCCCGCGGUGGGGAUAAAGAAGAAAAGCGACGGCAAGGCCGGCUGUGGGAGUAGGGGAAGCCUGCGGCCUAGUCGGUUGCUAGGGGCGACGCGCAGCCUGGGGCUGGCAGUGAGGAGCCCGGGCCCGAGCCAUGAGCUCCCGGGUGCGGCCUCAGCCGCCGCUAGCAGCACCGGCGGGGGGAGGAGGCCGGUUCACCCCGGCUGCCGGGUCCCGCACCCAGGGAACCGAACAGCUGGAGAUGCGGCGGAUCCGAGCUCCGGACUCGGCCUCCUCCCGCCAGGCUUGGAGCCGGGAGAACCCGGGAUACGAGCCCGGUGAUGAGGAGCUGGACUGGGCCGGGAUCAGCGCCAGCAGCGGGACGGGAGGCUCGGAUAGCCGGGGAGAGGCCGGCCCCGGCCCCGGCCCCGGCCCUGGUCCUGAGGACCAGCAGCAGCAGCAGCUCCGGGCAGCCCUACCCCGGAGCCUCCUGCAGAAAGCCCGAGCUUUAUGGGGAACACGACUGACUGUGGAUCACCCUGUGAGCAGAGAAAGAUACCUGAAGAGAAUGCUGCGAGAGUUGGUGACCUAUAGUAUUUUCCUGGUGAUUUUGUGUGUCUUGACCUAUGGAAUGGUCAGCUCCAAUAUGUACUACUAUACCAAAGUCAUGGCCAGUCUCUUCCUAGAUACUCCCUUUUCCAAAAACGAAAACACCAACUUCAGAAGUGUGUCCAACAUGGAUGAUUUCUGGAAGUUUGCAGAAGGCCCUUUGUUAGAUGGACUUUAUUGGGAUAUGUGGUAUAAUAAUGAAACACUGGCUGAGAACAGAAGCUUCAUUUACUAUGAAAAUCUGCUUUUGGGAGUGCCUCGCAUAAGGCAGCUGAAAGUGAAGAAUGAAUCAUGUAAAAUACAUGAAGAUCUGAAAGAUGAAAUCAAGGAAUGCUAUGAUGUCUAUUCAGUUGCAAAUGAAGAUACAUCACCAUUUGGCCUGAUGGAUAAAACAGCCUGGAUUUAUACAAGUGAAGAAGAUUUGAAAGAGACCCGUUACUGGGGGUUAAUUGCGACCUACAGUGGAGCUGGAUAUUACCUGGACCUGGCAAGGAAUAGAGAUGAGACAAUGACCAAGUUAAAACUGCUGAAAGAGAACCUCUGGCUUGAUCGAGGCACCAGGGUUGUGUUUAUUACUUUCUCCGUCUACAAUGCUAACAUUAACUUGUUUUGUGUGAUCAGGUUGGUGGUUGAAUUUCCAGCAACAGGCGGGGCUCUUUCAUCAUGGCAGUUUCAGACAGUGAAACUCAUUCGCUAUGUAUCCUCAUUUGACUAUUUCCUGGCAGCUUGUGAACUUGCCUUCUGUAUUUUCAUAUUUUACUACAUAAUUGAGGAGAUUCUGGAGAUCUAUAUUCACAAGUUAUGUUACUUCAAGAGUGUUUGGAACUGUUUGGAUGUUGUGAUUAUUGUGUUAUCCUUGAUAGCAAUUUGCAUCAAUAUCUAUCGCACAUCAAUAGUGAAUGAGCUUUUGGGCGAGUCACUGGAGAACCAGAAUUCAUACCCCAAUCUUGAAUCUCUAGCUUAUUGGCAGAUUCAGUUUAACAACAUGGCAGCAAUGGUUAUAUUUUUUGUAUGGAUUAAGAUCUUCAAAUUUAUUAGUAUCAAUAAGACCAUGACACAGUUGUCUUCUACCAUGUCUCGCUGUGCCAAAGACAUUAUAGGAUUUGCCAUCAUGUUUUUUAUUGUUUUCUUGGCUUACGCUCAGUUGGCAUACCUAGUCUUUGGCCCUCAGGUUGAUGACUUCAACACUUUCCACACUUGCAUUUUUACUCAAUUUCGCAUCAUUUUGGGAGAUUUUGAUUUUGCCAAAAUUGAAGAAGCUGACCGGAUUCUGGGACCAGUUUAUUUUGUCACUUUUGUGUUCUUCGUUUUCUUUAUUCUCUUGAACGUGUUUUUGGCCAUUAUUAACGACACCUACUCUGAAGUGAAAUCUGACAUGGCUCAGCAGAAAAAUGAGAUGGAACUCACUGACCUUAUCAAGAAGGGAUGCAGCAAGGCUAUGGUGAAGCUCCGGCUGAGGAAGACUACAGUAGAUGACAUUACUGAGACUCUGCGUCAAGCUGGAGGAAAACUAAACUUUGAUGAGUUACGUCAGGAUCUGAAGGGGAAGGGUCAUACUGAUGCAGAGAUAGAAGCAAUCUUUGCCAAAUAUGAUCAGGAUGGUGAUCAGGAGCUGACAGAACAUGAACGUCAACAGAUGAGGGACGACUUGGAGAAGGAGAGGGAUGAUUUGGACUUGGAUAGGAGCUCACUGCCUCGGUCAGCGAGUGGCCGGAGCUUCCCGCGGAGUAUGGAUGAUUCUGAGGAAGAAGAUGAAGACGAUAGUGGGCAUAGCUCAAGGAGGAGAGGCAGCAGCUCCAGUGGGGUAUCAUAUGAAGAGUUUCAAGUGCUGGUGAGGCGUGUGGAUCGAAUGGAGCAUUCCAUUGGAAGCAUUGUGUCAAAAAUCGACGCAGUGAUUGUGAAGCUGGAGGCCAUGGAGAGAGCCAAGCUGAAAAGGCGAGAUGUGCUGGGCAGAUUGCUCGAUGGUGUGACAGAGGAUGAGCGACUGGGUCGUGACAAUGACGUUCACCGAGAGCAAAUGGAGCGUCUGGUGAGGGAGGAGUUGGAACGCUGGGAGUCUGAUGAGACCGUGUCGCAGCUGAGUCAGCAUCUGGGAACACCUCUGGGAAUAAAUGGGAGAUCCCGCUCCCGCAGUUCUCGCCCAUCCUCCUCUCAGUCUACUGAUGGCCUGGAAGCUGGGGGGGUAGGGGCCAGCCAUGUUUAGUCUGUUAAUGCCAUGGUCAGUUAAUCCCCUCAUACAUCCCUGAACCUAUAUUGUCAUGGCUGUUUGACAGUAUGUCAGUAUUUUUGCAUUUUAAUUUCAAAUCACUUUUUUACCGAGUUGUGCCUUGAUCAGCUGAGCUUGAAUGAAUGCACACAACACUGUUUGGGGUGAAUCACAAAAUAUAUAAUCAUGAAUUUUUGUACACUCUCUUAUCAUUCAGAACGAAAGAAUUGCCUGCACAUUUCACCCAGGAAUUCAAAGAGGUUCACAGUUGAAUGCAUCAGUGUAUGAAUAAAAGUUUUCUCUUAACACAAUUUUUGUUUUUGUCUGGCAAAUGUAAUAAGAAUUUUCAAAGGCAAAAAAAUUAUGUGGCCAGAUCCAUUUCAGACAUAUGCAGACCUGCUGCUUUUACGCACAUUGAUUGUGAGGAAAUUUUUUUUAAAACCCUCGUUACUGAACAGAGGUUGCAAACAAUUACAGCCUUAGGGGUUUUCCUUUAGUACUUUUAUCACAUCUCACACGAGUGAUAUGUUUCUUUAUCACUGGGCCUCUCUGACAGGACAGGAAUUACAUGGAAACAGUCUAAGUAAACAUGUUACAUAUGUUUGUUUUAUAAAUUUAUUUGGGAACUUUAUUUGCUUAUAGAUCCAACACAGAUAUUUUUUGUAUUAGAUUAAAAACAAUUCCAUUUCCAAAUAAGAGACCAGAGCAAAUCUAAACCUUUUUUUAAGAAAGUAUUUGUAUUUAAACAGUUACAUUUUCAAAUUGAGAAGGAGUGUGCCUAUCGCCAAAUGUAAAGACAACUUGUAAAAAUGUCUUUCUACCUAUUGUAUACUUUUUCCUAAAUAGCCUAGAUUUAACAUUAUGCAAGUGAUGUUGAAUAAGAAUUUACUUGUACCUAUUAAUGCAUCACACAACUUUUAUGAACCAAAUAAAGCCUGUUAAUAUGUGAUGUGUAGGAACCUUUAACAAACUUCAUUUUGGAGUGCGUAAUCUCAUGGGUAUCCAUGUUGUGUCUUGACGCUGUGCGUACCAAUGCAUAAAGUGUCUAGUUUUGUCGAGUUUGGGUUUUUGUAUUCCCUGCAUUUUAUAAUCCCAAAUAUGAGCUUUAAUUUAAUUAUAUAAGCAUGUAUCAUGUAACAACUCAUUUUUAGUUUUUAGAACCAUGUGGUAGAACUACAACUUAAUUUUAGAUCACGAGUCUUCCAUUUUAAUAGUGGAUUUUUUAGGUUAGAGGCCUGUUAUAUUCAAGCACU